GUCAACAUAAAAACAUGCGAGCCACGAGCGAUUCGUUCGAAACUGGAUGGAACACAUUGUGUUAAUAUUUUUUUGAUACUAAACUAAUGUACAAUUAUCGCCUACAUUUUACUAAUUUCAAUUAAAUACCUGGCUUGGUAAAUAGCAGAAAUAAUGGUGAAGAUAAGCAAUGGCACAACACCGCUGAAAAAAGGACUGAAAUCAGCGUUGAAACACUUUCGCAGUCAUACAAAAAAUCCGGAGGUUUAUCUAACAGCACAAUCAACGCGAUCAGAGAAGAUAAAAUCACUUGUUAAAUCGUUAUACGAUCAUGCAAAUGGGCUGGAUGUGGAAACUGCCGGAAGCAAACCCUAUCUUGAUGAGCUGGUCGUGGAUGAAAUGGACGAGGAACAAAUUUGGCAGCAGCUGGAGCUGAAAAACGAACAACUGCUGGACAAUAAUCUUCCCAAAACGUCAAAGUUACUCUCAGCCAGCGAAAAAAGGUUCCAGUUGCUGUUCCGAACUGAAGAUGGAGAUGCAGAUGAAAUGGACAUUCGAGCGGAAGAUGACGAGAUGGAAGGCGAAAGCGAGUUGGAAGAACAGGAAGAAAUUACUCCCAAUAAACGAAAAAAGACCAAAACACAGGGGACAAAGAAAAACAAAAAGAAAUCUAUUGUGGAUGAUGAGUUCUUUAAACUAGACGACAUGGCUCGAUUCCUAGAUGAAGAAGACGCCCGCGAAAUGAGACGACAAGCGGGCAAGCCGGAAAAGAAUCCAUUGAUCGAGAUUGAUUAUUUCAGUGAAAACGUAGGAGAUGAUGAAGACAGCGAUUCAGAGGACAUGAAAUACGCUGACUUUUUCGAAGAUGAUGAGGAAGAUAGUGAGAGCGAGCCGGAAUCAAUCCAAGAACAACAGGAUAAUCAAAUGAGUGCUGGAACUGAAAAUUCCGAAGCUGAAGAUGAUGAAGAAAAGGUAGAAGAUGAGCAAGAAUCGGAAGACGAAGUAGAACGUAACCGCCGACUGCGCUUUGAGCUGUAUAAUAGCUCAGGCGAUUUUUUGCCGGGAAAAUAUUCUAAGAAAUCGAAUAAUAUUUUGUCUGAGUCGGUUGAAGACGAUGAGGAAAAAAAUGAAGAAGCAGAGCAUGAAGAAAAAGAGCAAAAAGAGGAAGGCCAGAAAUCAUCUUUCGAGUUGAGACAAGAGAAGCUUCAGCAGAAGAUUAAAAAAAUGGAGAACAAAUUAUUAGAAGACAAACCUUGGCAAUUGAAGGGUGAAAUUUCUGCUGAUACUCGACCUCAGAAUUCUCUGCUAGAAGAAGUGUUGGAGUUUGAAUCCACUACUCGUCCUGCGCCGGUGGUGACCGAAGAAACCACGAUGCGUCUCGAGGAUAUCAUAAAGCAGCGAAUAAAAAACAAAGCUUUCGACGACGUUGAGCGAAAAAUACGUCCACCAGACAAUCCACGAGAAUACCGAAAACAAUUGGUUCUUGAUUCCGAAAAAAGCAAAGAAUCGUUGGCUCAAAUAUACGAAAAGGACUAUCUGAAACAGUUGAAAGAAGCCAAUCCAGAUGCACAGGAUACCGAAGAGGAGGAACCAAAAGAUCACAUACAAAUACGUGGUCAAAUGAAAACCCUUCUCGCUCAGUUGGAUGCGUUGUCGAACUUCCAUUACACCCCACGUCCUGCCGUUCCGGAUUUGAAAAUUAUCACCAACACUCCGGCCAUCAACAUGGAAGAGGUAGCUCCGGUAGCCACGAGCAAUGCCACUCUACUAGCACCAGAAGAAGUGCAUAACCGACCGAAAGGAGACGUCAUGUCCAAAGGAGAACGCACUAAGACCGAUAAAAACCGCGAACGCCGGCUGAAGAAGCGUUUCCAGCGGGAAAAGUUUCAACGGCAAGCGGAAAAGGAGCAAAAACAGCUGGAAAAGGGCCACAAACCGAAAGGCAAAGACCUUCACGAGAAGUUGGUGAAAAAGGUUUCUCAAGCGAAGAACGUCAGCACCAUGGCGGAGACCAAGGGGGUAGCCAAGUCGUCGACCGCAUUCUUCUCGCAGCUGCAGGAUGAAGUCAGCUCGCAAAUCAAGAGCAAAGCGAACGGGGAUCGAAAAAAGUCCAAAAACAAAGGUGCCAAUGGAUUGCAGGCAACACAUAUUAAGCUGUAAUGUUUACAAAGUACAUUGUAGUGUAAUGUUUUCAAUUAUAAAAGAAUAAUUAAGAAAUUUUAAA